AUGGCCAAAAAAUUCUGGAAGCGAAAUUUGAACUUGAAAAAAAAACUCAGCCUGAAAAUUCAACCAAUAGCAAAACCACCCGUAGAACCUGGACCACCAGAAAGAAUAACAAUCCAAACAAAAAAAAAGAAGCAUCCAGCUCCAGCACUCGUAUUUUCCAAUCUGAUAACCCCCAAGGUUUCUAUACCAAAAAUCACUCAAGUCUUACCACCUGUUUCUCCUCUUGUGCUGCCUCAGAGUCUUUCUCAGGGUCUUUCUCGUAACAAAAGACAGCAACGAUCGCUUACGAAGCUUUUUAAAAAAUUAGCACCGAGGCCAAAAACCCGUUUGCCCGAGAAUUUCAACUCAAUUCUUACCUAUCAAUUACCGAAACGUAAAAGAUUAUUCUCGAAAAAACGAAUGCAUAAAUUAGAAUUUGCAGAAGAACACCCAAAAGAUGAGUUCCCAGAGUUCUAUUGCUGCUAUUUGACUAGGUCGCUGCAGCCAAAGUAUACUGAUUAUGUGUAUAUUGGUACGACCCCAGACCCAAUUCGUCGUUUACGGCAACAUAAUGGAGAAUUGGCAGGGGGUGCGGCGCGGACCGUGUCUAGGCGACCUUGGACAUAUGUAUUAUUUGUAUACGGUUUUCCCUCUUCACGAGCCGCAACUCAAUUUGAAUGGGCUUGGCAACAGGAAGGAAAAUCACGUCACUUUACUACUAAUAAUAAGAGUAAGAGGCGAUCCAUGCACAAACUAUCUAGAAAAAUCAGUGCAUUAAUGGAAAUGAUGCAAUUUCGGUACUUUUGUCGAUGGCCAUUGAAAUUGCAUAUUGUCGAGUCUGAUGUCGAGAAGCAACUCGACUUCACAAAGUUUCCAAAACAUGUCACGAUUACUUACGGACCCGUGGAGAAACUGUCGUAUACAUUUGCUGACAAAGGUUUAACAAGAGCUCGAUUACGUGCUCAAAUAUUCGAGAAUCACGAAUAUCAUAGAGAACAAAAUACUCCAUGUUGUGUUUGUCAUCUGCCGAUUGAUUAUGCGGCACCUGAUGAGUACAUGUCAUGUCUCCAUACUGUCUCUUCGUCAUCUAUCUUCAAUUCAUCGAAGGCUUGUAAAAUGACCGGUCACGUAAUUUGCUUGGCAAAAGAUUUUUUAUUGGAGGAAAAGAAUCAACUGUUGCCAGUCUCUGGAAAUUGUCCGAAAUGCAAAAACCCACUUCUAUGGGCAGAUUUAAUUUAUCAUAAAUCAGAACGUAAACAAGAAGUCGAUGCGAAUCUGAUUUAUCAAAAAGCAGUCUUAAAGAAUCGUUUCGUUGAUUAA